AGAUGUUACAGAACAGCUUGCAUAAAACGAAAAGAACGCCAAAUAAGCUGGAUAUUUACCAUGAUAUCUAUGGAGACGAAACUUAUAAAUCAUCCUGUCGUUUUUCAGCGACGAAUACGUUUUUAAUCCGUUAAAACGUAACACUUGCACGUGCUACAGAAACCCACAGGUCAGAAAGUAUCAGUGGACAGUAAGCGGAUGGGAGCAUGGAGGCCCCCGUCACCUCAUGAGCGAGGUUAAAGACGCCAUGCGGCAACGUCGCAGAUUAAUACCCACGUCUCCGACCGUCAGUGAGAGAUUUACGCACUCUCUGCAGUAAGAAAGAGGCAGGGGCUAAAAGUGCUGAUGAACGCUGUCGUACGGUGAGGUGCCGGCCUGACGGGAUGAUGGGACGGAGGAAUAAGACAGAGAUGAAUCCCUCCCUCUCCCGGACCCUCGCCCCCCCCGAACUCCAGGCCCGCUGCGGGGACGCCUUUGUUCACUCUCCUCCAUUAUGGGGAAAAUAGUGAUGCGCAGUCAAAACCAAAGAUGUGAUUCCCUCUAGACCUUGUGCUCAUGUUGUCCCAGGUGUGGAUCUGCCCCCCUCCCCUAGUGCACGUCUAACCCAAAACCCAGACCUCCGCAGGGGCCUUGGGAUCCAGGCUCCCGCUGGGAUGCAGACACAGAUGCCGGCAGUGGUUUAUUCCCAAAGACAGAUGAAAUCACUGGAGGUUGCUGGAAGUUCCUGUACCGCUGGUUUCUUGGAGGAGCUCCUGCUCGAUUGCAGUACCGUACUAUAUCAGGAGACGGAUCGUGUGAGGUUCUCCAUCUGGAUUCACGUUUUUACUCUUUGCAUUUGCAUAAAUUGAAAAAGAGGACAGAAACUGAUGAUGAGGGGAAAGAAGCUGACAAGGAGAUGGAAGCCAGACUCAAAGAUGCACUAACCUUUUUAAAGAAUUGUGUAGUUACACUACUGUUCAACAGAUUGGGAUGUGGUCACUAUGAAAUGUCAUCACAUGAACACUGCAACAAAUAACAGCACACGUUUGAAUCAACAUUAGGUUGUCAGUUGCACCUGUUGCAUGUCCUCAAUCUGGCAACCCAUGUAGCCAGACUUUUAGACUGACGGCAGAAGGUCUGGAAACCUUGGCUGCUUUGAAUGGCCAUGGACCGCCCAAGAGGCCACAUGACUGACAGAGUGCUGCGUUUCUUCUGAACAACACACUAGAUUUGAGGAAUCAUUCAAGUCUGGAGAGCAAACGCUGUCAUGCUUGAUGGGUAAAUAAGAAGCUUCCCACGGUUCAAACAGCCCACCUGAAGAUCCUGAAGCACCAACAGGGCAAGUGUUGAAAAGUCCCGAAAUGUGAUCUACAGACCGGGCAGCCCCUGUCCGAACCCCACAGUGCAGGUGAACGGAAGAGGCUUCCCUCCUUUAUGAGACGUAUUUGAGUGCAGGUGGAGAAGUGACCAAUCAGAGGGCAAGAAGAGCUUCUACCUGAGCAGGUAUCACCCGUGUGAGGAUCUUUUAAAGCUGCUCUGCGUGUGUGUGAGCGUGUGCAGGCAGUCCAUCGGACCCAUCUCACCCGAAAACCCCUCUGAAUACCGAGAAACGAGAUAAAACACAGCGAUUAUGGAGACUAGAGGUGUUCUGCUUUUGUGUUUCGCCUGCCUCGGCGUGUUUACCGGCGCGAGUGGGGAUAAAAGUGACAUUUACAGGAAAGUCGUGGAUUUGCUGGCUCCAGGUGAAGAGUACCUCACAGAAGAUGCGCUUCUCUCGCUGUUUAAACGGCUGGAGAACCGUGUGCAGUGCUCCGGUGUGUCGUGUGAAAAGUGUCUUUCAGUGGAUCAUCUCUCUCAGCUGUUGGGAAACUACAGCAGCUCACAGGGGCUUCAGAUGGAGGAUUUCUUCACCGUGGCUCCUGGCUUCUGUUUGUUCCUCAGCGCUCCGCUGGAGACCUGUAGUGCCGUACAUGAGGGCCGCUGGGCCGAAGAGACUGAUCACUUCAUCGAAAUGCUCUACGGCCACGACCACGGCCAUAACAGCACCACAGAACAUCCUCCGCAUGGAGACAUCACUGAAAACGAGGGUUUGGAGAACAUGUUCCAUGAGAUGGAGAAAUACUAUCAGCCUGACACACAUGAGCCCUGUCUCACUAUGAAGGACAUCUUGGAAGAGAGCAGCCAUCAGCACGGCGAUCACACGCACACAGAACUGGACUCCGUGAUGGGAAAUGUCCUCUAUCACGCCCUGCGUGGAGACUGCAUGAAAGCAUACAACCUUCCUGAACAGCAGUACUUCCUGGAUUACAUCUUCAGCCAUUUUGGCUCUGAUAAUCUCACACUUCAUGAUUUUGAAGGGCUUCUAAAUGCUUUAAGCCUGGGUGGAGGGGAACAUGACCAUGACCAUGAACAUGAACACCUUGACCAUGAAAACCAGCUCAGCAGAAAGAGGCACAGUCGUCUGGCCAUGGAUGUUCAUCGGACCAACAGCAGUUGGGACAUGGCCUGCUUCAGCGCUGAAGACCUGUUGAGGAUUCACCAGCUGAACUCUUCAUCGCUGACCAGAGAUCAGUUCACACAGAUUAGCCCUGCUCUGAUUCAGCAGAUCCUCAGCGGAGGCUGUUCUGGGACCAGUCCAGAACCCGCGACCCCGGAUUCGCUCAGCACUGCCGAGAGAUAUGGAUACGCCACACUGGCCAACCUCAUCAUCUGUCUGAUGGCCAUGUUUGGGAUCGUGGUGCUGCUGUUUUCCUCGUGUACGCAAGUGUUCGAGCUCUGCAUCCAGUUCUGCAUCAGUCUGGCUGUGGGAUCGCUGACGGGCGACGCUUUGCUGCAUCUGCUGCCCGCGUUCUUAGGUCUCCAUGUUCAUGAUGACGGACUCGAUCACGACCACGCGGAGGUCAGCUUCGACUAUGUGUACAAACUGCUGGUGUUUAUUGCGGGCAUCUAUUUCUUCUACCUGCUGGAAAGCAUCUUCUCCAUCGUCACUCGCAGAGAACAUCACCAUCACCAUGAUGAAGAGGUGUCUGAUGUUCAUCACUGUGAUCACGGCAAAGUCGUGCAAAUGUUCCAGAGAGAGAAACAAAACAAACACUCGAGCUCACAGGCCGAUCUGGUGGAUAAAAAUGAGAAUUCCUUCCUAGCACCUGUUGGCCGCACCAGAGAGCAGCGUUUGCUUCCCUAUAUGAUCACCAUUGGAGAUGGCAUCCAUAACUUUGCAGAUGGUCUGGCGAUCGGCGCAGCGUUCUCCAUCUCGUGGCGGUCCGGUCUGGCCACAUCUCUGGCUGUGCUCUGCCAUGAGCUGCCCCAUGAGUUAGGUGAUUUUGCAAUCCUGUUGCACUGUGGUUUGUCAGUCAAGCGGGCUCUGCUGUUGAACGUGGGCAGCGCUCUCUCCUCCUUCGUCGGCCUGUACAUUGCACUGUCCGUCUCCACCCAAACGGUUGCUAAGGAAUGGAUUUCGGCUGUCACUGCCGGCCUCUUUCUGUACGUCGGUCUGGCAGACAUGCUUCCCUCUCUGGUUCACGUGGACAGUAAAAGACCUUGGCUGAUAUUUCUCCUGCAGAAUCUGGGACUUCUGAGCGGUUGGGGCAUUUUGGUGCUCUUGUCCUUUUAUGAAGACCAAAUAGGGGUUUAAACAGGGAGAAUUUGUUUUUAUUUGUGCCUUGUUCCUGUAUAUCCGUCUGUGUAACUGGAACAUAAGAAAUAUGUGCAAUCAGUGCAGCCCUAUGCAUUUUUAAUAUUAACAUUUUUAGUAUAUUUAAAUAACAUUUUGGAUGGAAAAGCCAGCAGUUUAGAAAUCAACUCUGUGCACCUUAAAGCAAAGAAAACUUUUGCACCUUUUCUAGAUUUAUUCUUUCUCAUUCAUCAACAUAAAUCAGUAAGGCUUUUUAAAUGUAUCUACUGUCUUUUAAAUGUUGUAUUUUUAUUAGUAAAUACAUAUAGGAUAUUUCUCUGUAUUUUUGAAAAAAUAUUUUUUUAAAAAUCUAAAAACAUUUGAAGCAUAGUAAUAUAUUAUAUAUUACACUUGAUAUGAGCUAGUGAUUAAAUGCUCUUUCAUAAGAAUUUUUGCUUUUGGCUGAACUAUCCCUUUAAGAAAU